GAGAGAGAGAGAGAGAGAGAGCUCGCGAGUUUAAGCAACCGGCAAAAUAGCAAGAGAACGCGAUUCAGCUCAGCCAGUUCAGCUCAAUCGGCGAUCACAGUUCACCGCAUCGAUGCAGGGAGGAUCGUCGGGCGUUGGCUAUGGCCUCAAGUACCAGGCCAGGUGCAUCUCCGACGUGAAGGCCGACACCGACCACACCAGCUUCCUCACCGGAACCCUCAGCCUCAAGGAAGAGAACGAGGUCCAUCUGCUGAGGCUCUCGUCGGGCGGUACGGAGCUGAUUUGCGAGGGCUUGUUCUCGCACCCGAACGAGAUUUGGGACCUCUCCUCCUGCCCCUUCGAUCAGCGCAUCUUCUCUACUGUUUUCUCCACUGGUGAAUCUUAUGGAGCUGCUGUAUGGCAGAUUCCUGAGUUAUAUGGACAGUUGAAUUCUCCUCAUUUGGAAAAAAUUGCCUCACUUGAUGCGCAUUCACGCAAGAUCAGUUGUGUUCUCUGGUGGCCGUCUGGAAGGCAUGACAAGUUGAUUAGUAUUGAUGAGGAAAACAUCUUCUUAUGGAACUUAGAUUGUUCAAAGAAGUCGGCUCGGGUCCAUUCACAGGAGUCUGCUGGUAUGCUGCACUACCUCUCUGGUGGAGCAUGGGAUCCACAUGAUGUAAAUACUGUCGCUGCAACCUGUGAAUCAUCAAUCCAAUUUUGGGAUCUUCGGACUAUGCAGAAAGCAAAUUCACUAGAAUCUGUCCAUGCUCGUGACCUAGACUACGACACACAAAGGAAGCAUUUACUUGUAAGAAAGCAUCCAUGGAAUCCAGCAUCUAUUUUCAUGUAUAUUUGAUUUAUUGCUUGUGUUGAUUAGAUUAAUCGAGGAUGCUUC